AUGAGAGCACCUAUUCCGGGGCUUCCUUUCAAGCUUUAUUUGGCUGCAACAAACACAGCGGUGGGGUCCUUGCUUGCUCAAGAUAAUCAUGACGGGGAAGAAAGUCUCAUUUAUUACGUAAGUAGGCAACUAAGGGGAGCUGAAGUGAGAUAUCCGAAGACUGAACUCUUGUGCCUUGCUCUUGUCUAUGCUGCACAGCGCUUGCGGCAUUACUUCUUUGCUCACAAGCUACAUCUCAUAGUCAAGUCUGAUCCCGUAAGAUAUUUGCUUACAAGGCCGAUGUUAUCCGGACGCCUUGCACGAUGGCUGCUGCAACUAUCCGAGUUUGAUAUCACCUGCACCACCCCAAAAGCCAUCAAAGGGCAAUCCGUGAUUGACAUGUUGCCUCUAUUUCCCGAAGUUGAAGAAUUAACAAUCUCUAAGGAAGUUCUGCGGGAGCUGCCAGAGAUGGUUGCUGUAGUCACAGAGGUGGGACCAUGGACCCUCUACUUCGAUGGGUCUUCUACAUUGAAGGGUGGAGGGGCAAGUGUGGUGCUUGUCAAUCCCGAGGGGCAAGCCACGGCCCUCUCAUUUAAACUAAAUUUUCCAUGCACAAAUAAUACGGCGGAGUACGAAGCUUUUAUUGCAGGGAUGUCUAUAGCAAGGGAAAUGGGUAUCGAAAGAAUUAAAAUGGGUGUCUACAGCAAACUUGGUGCUGAGUCAAUUGCAAGGAAAUUUCGCUAUGAAGGAACCAGCAUUGGCGCCAUAUCGCUCUCAUUUGUUGAAGAACAGCCCAAUAUUACAGUAAUCAAGAAGGACACGCCGGUUGUUGAAGCAAUGGCUCAAGAGGAGCAGCUGGAAGAGGAUGACUGGAGGAAGCUUGUGAAAGAAAAAAUAGGCAAAGGAAACGACAUCAAAGAAUUGAAGGAUUAUGCGAUCAUUUUUGGGGAACUGUACAGACGCCUUCCAGGAGGUAUUUUGACCCGCUGCAUAGGGACAACAGAAGCGCAGGAGAAGCUCCAAGAGGUACAUGAGGUUACUUGCAAUUUGGAGCCAAUAAUUAGCUUGUAUCGGCACCUGCAGCACAAGGGUUAUUAUUGGCCAGAAAUGAGGAAACAAGCAGCUGAAAUGCAAGCCAAUUGUCCCAAGUGUGCAAAGAUACCCUCCACCGAGGAAUCAUUCACCAGCUCGUUUCCGGAGGAUUGGAGGGCUCCAUACUUGGCAUCCUUCAUCAAUGGAGUCUUGCCAACCAAUCCCAAGCAUGCACGCAAGCUCAAAAGGACAAUGAAAAGAUACUUCAUAGAUGGGUCAACUCUUUAUCGCAAGGGGUUUAAUGGUGAGCCAUUAAAAUGCUUGGGAAAGUCAGAAGCACAGCAAGUCAUGGAAGAGAUUCAUGCUGGAGAAUGUGGUGAGCACCAAGGAAUGAAGAGGCUUUACCGGCAGCUGCUGAGUGUUGGGUAUUAUUGGCAUACAAUGAAGAAUGAUGCAUACAAAUUUGUGAAGAGGUGCCACACAUGCCAAGUUCAUGCCAACUUAAGUCACAAGCCUCCCACACUGCUGCAGGAUAUGCGCACUCCUUGGCCCUUUCAUACUUGGAGGCUUGACUUGAUCGGAACUAUCCAUCCAUUAUCUGACGGCUACAUAUGGAUCAUCACAGCCACUGAAUAUUUCACAAAGUGGGUUGAGGCGAUUCCUCUGCGGAAGGCCAUGGGGGCUGCCGUUGCCAAUUUCAUCCGUGAAUAUAUCGUAUGUAGAUUUGGGAUCCCGUAUAAGAUUGUCACCGACAAUGGCACCCCGUUUGUUAAUAAGCAAGUAAGCUCGACGCUUAGUGGUUAUGGCAUCAAGCAUCGUCGCUCCACGCCCUAUUACCCACAAGGAAAUGGUCAAGCGGAAACCACGAACAAGACUUUAUUAAGAAUCCUAAGCAAAAUGGUUUAUGAGUAUGAAGGAGGUUGGAGUGUUCACCUGCCGGAUGCUUUAUGGGCCUACCGCACCUCUUCAAGAAGUGCCACAGGUUUCUCGCCCUAUUCGCUUGUGUAUAGGUCCGAUGCCAUUUCACCAGUAGAGAUCACCAUCCCCACUGCCAGAAUAGCAGCUGUUAACGACCUCGAAUGGGAUACAAAGUCAUGCUCGGAAUGGCGCAUGCUGGACCUUGAAGAAGAGUAG